AUGGCGACCGACGCUGCCGUGGCCAAAGAGGGCCUGGUCAUUCCUCUCAUCGACUUUUCAAAAUUCCUCUCCGGCACACCUCACGAGCGCCAAUCCACCGCCAAAGCCAUCCUCCAUGGCUUCCAAACCGCCGGCUUCAUCUACCUCAAGAACCACCCCAUCCCAGCCGACCUCCUCCGCCACACAUUCACACGCUCCGCAGACUUCUUCGCCAUCGACACCGCCGCCAAAAUGAACCUCUGCUGGACUACCCCCGAAGCCAACCGCGGGUACUCGUCACCUGGCCGUGAAAAAGUCAGCCAGCUAGAGGACAUGGCUGAGAUUGAAAAAGUCCGCAGCGCGGCGCCAGAUCUGAAGGAGAGUUUUGAAAUUGGCCGUGACACCGACCCCCAGCAUCCCAAUCAGUGGCCCGUUGAGGAGGGUAACUUAAAGGGGUUCAGGCCGGACAUGAUGGAUUUCUUUGCCAAGUGUCAGGCUCUGCAUGCGGAGGUUAUGAGGGCUAUUGCGUUGGGCAUGGGGCUGGAGGAGAGCUUCUUUGAUGGGUUUGUGGAUGUCGGUGAUAAUACGUUGCGGUUGUUGCAUUAUCCGUCGGUGAAGGCGGACGUAUUCAAGAUUAACCCUGGGCAGGUGAGGGCUGGUGAGCACAGCGACUAUGGCUCUGUAACUCUCCUAUUCCAAGACAGCCGCGGCGGCUUACAAGUCAAGAGUCCAACCGGCCACUUUGUCGACGCCACUCCAAUCGAGGGAACCAUUGUCAUCAAUGCCGGUGACUUGUUAGCUCGCUGGAGCAACGACACCAUCAAGAGCACCAUCCACCGCGUGGUUGAACCGCCUAGGAAGGAGGCGGAUUCCUACCCGCCGCGAUAUAGUAUUGCGUACUUUUGCAACCCGAAUUCAGAAAGCUUCAUUGAAACCUUGCCCGGGACGUACGCUACCGAGCAGGAUAAGAAAUACAAGGGCGUGAAUAGCGGCGACUAUUUAGUGCAGAGACUUACGGCUACCUAUUAA